ACACGAUGAAAUCACCAUCUCCGAUGCCCGAACAAGAAAUGGCUGGACUUCAUGAUGAUGCGGGUUUUCUGACCCACCCGUCAUCAGCCAUUGUUGUGUACGAAGAGAGACAACUGCCGCCGACAAAAAUUGAGAUGGAGAACACUGUUGAAGAUGAUCCGGCGGCAGCAAUUGAGUUGGAGAAUACCGAUGAAGAUGAUUCAUCUACAGCAAUUGAGAUGGAGAUCUCCGAUGAAGACGAUCCACCUGAGUCUCCUAAGGGGAGAGGGCACCGGAAGAAAAGAAAGGCCGUCGUUCUACGUACUCCGUGGAGGAAUAUUGAAAAGAGAAAAAAAUUUACAACUGUGACGGAGUACGACCCUCAUAGGCCAGUGGAUCCAGUUAAAUUUGAAGAUCUCCAAACGUGGUUGAUGAAUUCCACUGAAAGUGCUGAAGUUGAGUUGUCCUGUGGUGGUGUUGCACGAAAAAAGUAUUUCGAUGAUCUUGUGAACGAUGGUUGGCUCACUAAUGAG